CUGAGCUUCUGAAGAGAGUUCUUCAACUUGGAUCUUAAUAAUUGGAUUUUUCUUUCUCAAAUUAAAGAGGAAGUUCUGGUAUGACUACAUCUUUUGACCUCCGGACAAUGAUUCUAAUCAUCAUUUGCAGCGCGAUCCUGCUGGCCAUGCUGGUGCUAACAGGUGUUGUCAUCUGUCUUUAUGUCAAUCUGACCAAGGCAAUGAAGGCUGCAAAGGAAUAUGAUCCCGAGGCUAACUUGGCCAAGGACCGUCUCAUGCUGGCUGAAGCCGCCAUGGAUUCUUGUCCUGGCCUUCAAUACUGUGAUGAAUGCAAAAUGUAUGCAGAUUAUGAGCCCCUGCCACCUUGCUUGUGUGACAUGAAUGAGGGACUGUGA